GGCGCUAAACACUAAGCAAAAGAGAACGAAGAAGAAGCUGUGUUGUGGUUGUGACAGCGAGGUUACAAACAGACUGGAGGACUUCCUUCUCUGAUCUGACCCUCAAACUGCUGGGUAUCAAAUCGCCCCAUAUCACCGUUAGCAUAGUAGCAUUAAGCUUCAUGGUAAGCACUAGUUAGCAGUGGCUGUCACACGCAGAGAGCAAGUUGACAGCUAGUUUAGCUAACUAGCGAGCAGCUGCUAAGUUUCCUAACAGGCCGAGGAGGAGAAGAAGAAGAGAGGAUGGAGUCCUGGGUUCGGUUUAACUCUCAGAGCCAGGCUAAGGAGAGAGUUCUCAGGGCUGCUCAGUAUGCGUGCACUCUGCUGGGAUACACUCUGCAGAGAGGCGGAGCAGCAGCUGAGCUUCAUAAAACCAUCACUCAGCUGGAGGCGCACAUGAGCCUGACCAGGAAGCUGCUGCGUCUGGGGAACUCGGUGGAGGCUCUGGAGUCUGCUAAGAGGGCGAUCCACCUGUCUGACAGCGUGCUGAGACUCUGCCUGACCAUCAGCCACCUCAACAGAGCCAUGUACUUCGCCUGUGAUAACAUCCUGUGGGCGGGGAAAACGGGAAUCAUCUCACAACUGGACCAGAAGAAGUGGAGUCAGAGAUCCUUCAGAUAUUACCUGUUUGCUCUGAUCCUGAACCUGACCCGAGACCUGUACGAGCUCCGCCUCCUCAUCGAUUGUGAGGACCGUUACAGAGCCUCCAAACACCCCCCCUCUCCUCACACCAGCACUGCCGCUCUGCACGCUGACCACCUGUCCUCCCCCUCCUCCUCACCUGUCGGCCUCUCCGCUCCUCCACCUGUCAUAUUGGCCGGGCUCCGCAGACAGCUCCACCUGCUGGUGACGGUGCUGUACAGCAACCCGCCGCUGCUGCUCGACCUGCUGAAGAACAGCUGUGACAUCUUCAUCCCUCUGGACCGGCUCGGGAUUUACCCCACGGGAUCCGGGUUUGUGGGGUUCUGUGGACUGACCUCUUCCAUCCUCGGCAUCCUCACCAUGAUCCACCCGUGGCUCAAACUCAAACCGUAAACACAGACUCACACAUGAGGAGGAGGAGGAGGAGGUGGAGGAGGAGGAGGAGGCUGUGAUCAGAGUCUCACACUGAUGGUUAAAUGAUGACGGGUACUGAUAACGCACUCUGGUCACAUCGUUAACUUUUACAGGUUUUUAUGAUGAGGACCAGAAAAAUCCCAGAACGUCAUCCUGCAGCUUUGAGUCCUGAGGUGAAAUCUGUUCUUAACAGGAAGAAUGUGGAUCAUACAAACUCAACUAAUGGUAGUCAGUCCUCUGUGGGAGCUGCAUGCUGGGUGGAUGCUGAACUUAAGUGAAACUUUGAUCCCGACACAGAGAAGAACCGUCAACCCCCCACUGAUGGUGUUCACCGCAGAUUUAUGCCUCUUGAAUUUAGUGUAAUACAACAAAGCAGCUUCUAGCCACUCUCCAGCCAACGCUUCUACUGGAUGUGAAGUCACUGCAUGCUAAUGAGCUCUUCUCUACACGGCUUAUAAACCAUGACAGUUAUCAGCGUGUCUUACAUGUUAAGAUCAUGUGAUAAAUACAGAGCCCCUGAAGUCCUACAAAGGCGAUGACUCUUAUUUGUGCACAAGACAUUAAGUUGUCAGUGAAGCUGUGGUGUGCGCGCUCUCUCUUGUCAUGUGAAGAGUCGGGCAUUAACAUUCAGUUAAGGCUCCAACACGCCAUUGACUCUGAUGACAGGAGCACGCCAGGUCCCUCACAGCCACCUUUGUAGCUGUGAUAAGAUUAAGAAAACACUGGAGCAGAGAGAGUAAUGAUAUAACUAACCACAAAGACUGGUUUAUACUUCUGCAUUGACCCUAUGCAGCAGUGGUCAAUGUGGACCACAUUGUUUUCACCCACUGAGUUUGUGUUUUCAACAUUUUUAUGCUCUAAGUUUCGGAACUGUUGAAUCUCUUCUAUAACCCUGCACUGCUCACUAAUGGCUGUAAUCCAUCGUUUUACUGAGACAGUGAGAGAUUAGUUUUGAUUAUUGCAUCAUAAAUAAUCAGGAUCAGAGGAAAUACUUAAAAUAUUAAACAUGUUCAUUACUGUAUCUGUGUUUCUGUUGGAGCUUGAGAUGAUUGUCUAAUGCCAGUUAACAUUCAAUAAAUAAAACAUGUUUCAUGGACUACUACAGUCAAACA